UGGGAGAACUGGGACCCCAACCUCCUCCUGAAGUGGAAUCAGAGCCCUUCAAACUCACCGUGCACUAUGCUGAGUGCCUGGUGAUCAGUCCUGCCAGGCUGGUGGUGAAGUAUGGAGACCCAGCCUCCUCUAACUGCAGCUCAGAUACCCCUGUAAAAAUGGGCUGGGAAGCCACCCAGGGAGGGACGGAUCUAACAGACAAGGAGGUGAAGUUCCUACACUGGAGGGUGGACAGUGUGACUGACUGGAAUAACAACCCAACAUGCUUCACAGAAGCAGGCCAGUGUCAGAAACAGCUGGACAUCACAGUUUAUAAGCUUCCAGACAGCGUCUCCAUCAGCUAUAGGAAGUACCCUGAUCCGAUGGUUGAGAAGCAUCACUACCAGCUACAAUGUCUUGUCCAGAACAUCGCUCCUAUUGAGAGACUCAGGGUGACCUUCUACAAAGUCAAUACCACUGGUGAACAGACAGAAUUAGACACACAACAGAAAUCCAAGGACAACAUCAAGACACCAGAGAAUGGGACCUAUACUCUGGACUUCACCCCUAGUAGAGAUGAUGACGGGGCCCAGUUGUGGUGUUCAGCCAUGUUGGAUCUGGGACCAGAGGGACCCCAACCUCCUCCUGUAAUGGAAUCAGACCGCCUCAACAUCAACGUGCUCUACAAGCAUCAGAUCACUAUGAGUCCUGGAUGUUUCUCCAUGAGCGUCACAGAGGGUGACACCUUAUCACUUAACUGUAGUGCAAAUGUGGACUACCUGCCCAUCAUUGCAGGGCUGGCUGCGGUGGUGAUUCUCUUGGUGGUCUCCUGUUUCAUCUACUCCUCUUACUGUAAACACUCAGGCAUGGGCCACUAACAGCUGAAUAACAUGUUGCCACGACGACACAAGAACAAACACGUGGUGCACCACAACCGAAUGGACCUUUAUGUAGAGGAGGGGUCACAGCAUGUGAACAGAGGUGAAUGGUUGGAAAUUCGGAUGAGUGGGUGUGGCUCUCCACGUCCUUUUCUACUGCUCCCUCACAGAAAAAAACAACAAACACAGCUCCAUUUAUCAAAUCAAUUGUUUUUAAGUAUUGAAACCAAACCAUAACCAUAUGGUUUUGAAUGAAAAGUUUUUGAAUAGAUAUUAAACGAUGAACUUAACAUUUUUAUUUUAAAUGUAACCUUUAGUUAACUAGGAAAGUCAGUUGAGAACAAAUUCGUAAAUUAUAAUGAGGGCCUACCCCGGCCAAGCCCUAACCCGGAUGACGCUGGGCCAAUUGUGCGCCGCCCUAUGGGACUCCCAAUCACGGCCGGUUGUGAUACAGACUGGAAUUGAACCAGGUCUGUAGUGACACUUCUAGCACUGAGAUGCAGUGCCCUUUAGCACUGAGAUGCAGACCGCUGCGCCACUCGGGAGCGAACAUAAAUUCAAAUAAGGUUAAAUGUCAUAUUAAACACUAAAUUGGCCAGGAGCCUAAGGAACGAAAAUGAAUUAUUUAGGCCAUAUUAUUUAAUUAUUUCCAGGCUAUAGCCUACAAGAAAUACAUUGUGAAGCAUUUACCAGUGCAACACAGUAAGCUGGUAGGAACCAGAGUAUUUAAGCGGAGCUGGAACGGAGCAGAGCGUGCCCAAUUUGACUGGAUCGUGGAGUGAGAUUCCCAAAGGCUGGAGCGUCGAUCUUCUCCAAUUUUGCUCCAGUAGCGCUCACUUCAGGAGCUCAGGGCAUGCCCGGCCCAGCAUGCAUUUGUAGUCUAUGUGUGUGCUGCUAUAUAUAAUAGCCCCUUGCUUUAGCUACUGUCAUGGAGUUCGCUAAAUAUUUUCAUAAAGAAGCUGAUAAAGCACACAGGGUCUAAAUCAAGGUGACUUACAAAGAUGAGGACCAAGAGCAAGAGAGGGAGUGCGGUAACGUAGAAUCAGUCCACUGUUAUGUGUAAGGCUGCUGGUAUGGCGUUAAACUGUUAGGUUAUAGACCGGAUGUCAUUGUUUUAUGCUUGGGAUAAAGCAGUUGUUACACGCUGGCUACAUGAAACAUCCACAACUAAAGAAUCAUUGUGGAAUCUUCCUUCCAUCGAAGGAAGCUGUCAAUGAUCACGUUAGGCUGCGUUUCAUUUUAUUUUUUUCAUGGCGGUUUGAUCGUGGGGGAGGCGCUAGUAAUGUCUGCAGUUGUCGGUUUGGCUACUUGUUUCAAGGUAUUAGGCUAUAAAUACAUAUCUUUGCCAAAA